GCUUGUCCUUGACUCUGAGAAACGACGGCGGUUCUACAUUCUAUCUCGUUUGUGUGUACUUUUAGUCAUUCUCGGUCAACGAAAGGGAAAGCAAUUCGGUAUAUAAAAUCGUUAACCGCGGGUUAGAUGCGCUUUGGCGACGCGCAAAAGCCGGUAUCGGAAAAGUCUCUCGGAUAUUUUGGAAGAUAAAAAACCAUGGUGAAGAAAAUUUUUUUCCGAAACGUCGAAUAAUAAAUUGGUCGGAAAAUUUUUUUUUAGGAAUCGAAUCGUCGAUAAUUCGUAAUUUGGUAAUUUUUUUCGGUGUUCGUAAUUAUUUUGACUCGAUUAUUUUUUUACGUCAAUUUUUUUUUUCAACUGUAUUUUUUUUGGAAGAUUUUUCUGUAUUUUUUUUUCUAACGGUGUUAUAUAAAUAUUUUAUUAUUUUUGAGAGAGUUUUUGUUAACUUCGAACUCGUUUUUUUUUCUCUCUAUGUUCGUUUAGAUGGAUUGUAUCGCGAAAUCGUUCGUAAGAUAGAAUUGAUCGUGUUCGAGAAGUACGUAAUUUGACGUGUGUUGGAAGAAGAAAAUUACUGAAGACGUGAAAAAUGGCACCUCGACGUAAUAAUUCGGUAUCGUUAGAUGGCUGUUCGACUAUAUUACCAGAUAUUCAAGGCUUAACACUAGACCCGGUAGUUGGUACGGAGAAUCACGCCGGCGAGCCGACUAUAACCACGUGUUGCGUGCCGACAUCGGAAUGUCUGCGAAACAAGGAGCCGAUUUUCAUGAACAAUACCAACGACGUGGUCAAAGUAUUGUGCAACAACGACCACUGCCCGAUGAGCAAAUACAUGCACAAGGAAUGCUUCGAGCAUUGGGAGCAGAACAUCCUGACGUACUUGAAAUCCUGCGGAAGAGCUCGAUCCUGGUCGGAUAAACAACGCCAGCAAAAUCUGUGGACGAAAAAAGGAUACGAUUUGGCCUUCCGCGCUUGCAAUUGUCUCUGUGGCCGAGGAUUCAUUCGCAAAGACUUGGACUGGAGUCCGAUGACCACCAUUGCCACAAACGGAUGCCAUAUCACUGCCUCGGAGGCGGAUAAAAAGAAAAAGAAACGACGUCAAAAUAACAGGCCAACUAUCGCCAUGUCAGCAGCGUUCAGCAAUGGUAAUUCGUACAAUAUGCAGAUUAAUGGUGGCGGAGGAGGCAUAAAUGGUACCAAUGGAACGAUGGGCAAUCGUCAAAAUAUCGACAAUGUUCUCACACCGAUCGAAUUAAGAGCCAGGACUGUCAGCAUUUCAUCGUCGAAUGGAUCAAAUGGAUCUUCAUCGUCGCCUUCGACGUCUUCGAAUAGCAUCUCACCUACGUUACCUUUACCAGGAAUCAUCGGCUCGGGAAAGAAAAAGAAGAAGCCUGAUCCGUUCUCAGCUCUCAACGGAAGUGGUAUAUUUUUCCGUCGUAAAGAUUUCAGCGCUUUCAAUAUUUUGCCGAGACAUAAAUUGAAUUCUUAUCACGUCAAGAUGGAAGAUGAAGGGAAUCAUGGCAAUGAUGAAAUACGAUCUUUCGUACUGUCUAAUCUCACAGCCCAUCACCAGUGUCGAGUAAUAUGCGUACUGUGUAGCGGACCGAUGAAGGUGUACGAUCGGUAUCCUUUGAUCGAUGGGACGUUUUUCCUUAGCCCGAUGAAACAUGCUAAGGGCAGUGUUGAGGUGGCCAAGGAUAAUAGAAGGUUGUUUUUGAACUCGAUUUGUAUGCGUUGCUUGGAAGCUUUUACUCCUGGAUCUAGAAUACGCUGUGUCCAUUGUAAGACAGCCUUUGACGGAGGAUCUAUGGUGAUUGGCACGAUGUACACGUACGAUGUAUUCGCAGCGAUGGCCUGUUGUCAAGAAAGAGUUAGGUGCUCUGGCUGCCACGCUCCUCUACUCCUACCUCACGAACGUCUAAACUACUUCAGCGACUACAGCCGUAUGAUAAUCUGUCCGCAUUGCGGCACCAAAGACUACCACUUCGUGCGACCGAUUUCCAAUUGUUACGUGCUGGAGAAUCCGACAUAACAAUUAAUCGAGGAUGCCCCCACCCAACUGGAGCAAAUCGUUCAGGGGGAUCCUUACCAAUGUCAUAAUCCUAUCGUAACCAUUACCGAAGAAUCGACGUUGAAACGUUCGACCGAUUUUGGACCAGCCACUACAACUACUACGAAGUCUAAGCAUAAUGGCUCGAAUAAUAAAUCUAAUCAUCAUCAUAAUAACCAUAAUAAUAAUAACAACAACGUCAACGGAAUCGAGAAAAAGGCUCAGUUGGCGACCAACAACAACAACUCUGUACAUAGCAAUAAUAAUAAU